CUUUAAAGCCACCAAACGCGUUUUCGAGGAAAACCACAAGUAGGUUCGCGGUUCGUAACGAUCAUCUUCAGCGUUGUGGUUGUGUGUGGUUUUUUCGAAUCUCUCUGGGAUCGGUCUUCUUCUUCAAUUAUUUGUCUUCCUCUUCAUUCUUUAGCCGGUAAGGCCUUUUCGAUACCUCUGGAUUUUUCACGCCGACUCGCAGAAUCGCAGGUUCUUAGGGUUUUUGUACGCGAUCUGAUUCGUUGCUUGGGUCACCUUUUGUUUUUCUCUCCUAUUCUGAUUUUGAUUUUUAAUUUUUUCCUGUUGAUUUUGUGUUUGCCUUGAUAUCUCUGUUAUCUGUAAAUUGAACGCAAAAAAAAUUAUAUUGUAUUUUUUAUUGUAAAAUUGAGAAAGGGAUAGUUCAUUGGAAUUGUCAAUUUGGGGGUUAGGGUUUUUAAAUUUGUUUGGGAUUGUUCCGGGGUUACUUCCUUUUCUUUUUUCUUUGCUUUUUUCUUCGUUCUUUUUCUUUGUUUCGAGAAUUUGAUUGUUGAUUAAGAAGAGCUGUGGUUGUUCAAUAAUAUGGCGGCAGGGCGUGUAGAUGUUUUGAGGAGGGAUUCCCAUAAUUACUGUAGAAAAGAAUUUGAGUACGGAGAAAAUGGUGUACGUGGUGUGAAAGCUAGGUUCAAUGGAUACCGAUUAUCUGUUGGGUCUACACAAAAUGGUUUCCGUGGUAGAACUGGAGAGCGAGGAUUUGGAAGCAUGUCAAAUGCUACCAAGUCUAGAGUCGAGGAUAGUGAGACCUCGAAUCUUGAAUAUGCGGUUGAAGCUCCUUCCAAGAAGAAGAGAAAGUUCUCACCAAUUGUAUGGGACAGAGAAGAGAAGGAAGCUAGAGUUGUAUCUAAGGACAGAGUUUUACCUAGUGUUCCUCUGCCUUCUCUCUAUCCGAGUCCACAUAGAUCUGAUGUUGCUUCAGAUGCAGAUGUUUCAAAAGUGGAUAUCUUUGAGCCUGAGAAUCUGUCUCAGGGAACAGCACUUUCAACUGCUGAGGCUGCCGUAGCAGAUGGGUUGGUGGGGAUUUGUCAAUCCAAGAACCCAGCUGAUUUGUCUCCUUCACCCUUGCUUAGAGAGCAAUAUGACAAAACACAUGUACAGAUGGAGGAAGAAGUGUUGGUUGAAGCAAGGAACAUUUCAAUGUCGAGAUGGGCCUCUGACAGUGAUUCUCCAAGGGAUAUGUCUGAUGAUGAAUGCACUCCGAACAGGCAGCACUCGAGCCCUGAGAGUGGGGAGUUCCGAAGAGAAGACUCAGUAGGUGGUAGGACCAGAACAUUUGCUUCUGAUGAAGAAGGUUCCUUUUUGGGGUCUGGUAGUGGAGGUAAAUAUUCUGAAAAUGAUUUAACUGAUAAAUCUAUGGUCAUUGAUGAGAACGAUGGUGAGAAUGUUGUUAUUAGCCAGGUUGAAUCUGAUUCUGAGUAUGAUGAUCGUUUUCCAAUGGAGGAGCCUACAGUCUCUAGCCAAAGACAAAUUAACAUGCUUCAGGGUUGCAGAAGUGUCUUUGAGUAUGAAAAACUCAAUAAAAUAAAUGAGGGGACUUACGGUGUUGUUUACAAAGCCAAGGAUAAGAAAACUGGAGAAAUAGUAGCCUUAAAAAAGGUGAAGAUGGAUAUAGAUAGAGAUGGUGAUGGUUUCCCAAUGUCAUCUUUGAGGGAAAUAAACAUUCUCUUGUCUCUUAAUCAUCCUUCAAUAGUGGGUGUUAAGGAGGUUGUUAUGGGUGAUCUUGAUAGUAUUUUUAUGGUUAUGGAGUACAUGGAGUAUGACCUCAAGGGGCUAAUGGAGGCGAUGAAUCAGCCAUUUAGUAUUGGUGAAGUUAAGUGGUUGAUGCUACAAUUGCUAGAGGGUAUUGAGUGUCUUCAUGGAAAUUGGGUGCUUCACAGAGAUUUAAAGACCUCAAAUAUUCUUUUGAACAAGGAGGGUGAGUUGAAAAUAUGUGACUUUGGCUUGUCACGUCAAUAUGGUAGUCCACUUAAGCCAUAUACUCCUUUGGUGGUCACUUUAUGGUAUAGAGCACCCGAAAUUCUUCUAGGUGCACGACAAUAUUCAACGGCAAUCGAUAUGUGGUCGGUGGGAUGUAUAAUGGCUGAAAUGGUAGCCAAGGAACCACUUUUUAGAGGGAAAACUGAAGUUGAUCAGCUUGAUAAGAUUUUCAAGACUCUUGGAACACCAAAUGAGACAGUUUGGCCUGGAUUUUCUAAAUUGCCAGGGGCCAAAGCGAAGUUUGUUAGGCAACCGUUUAAUACAUUGCGCAAGAAAUUUCCUGCUGCAUCUUUCACAGGUUCUCCAGUUCUUUCUGAUUUGGGAUUUGACUUGUUGAGCAAGCUUCUAACUUACGACCCUGAGAAGAGAAUAACAGUGGAGGAUGCUCUUAAUCAUGACUGGUUUCGUGAGGCCCCGCUUCCCAAGACUGAUUUCAAGCCUUCUUUUCCUGAGUUGAAUAGUCAAAAGAGGUACUUAACAGCAGACAGCCUGAGAAACUUUUACAGCAAUAAACCUUAGCUUUUCAAAACCACAUUUCUUCAAAAAUGUUACAGCUGAUUAUUAGGCUUCUACAAAGAAUGGAAGAGACUCCAGAAUCUUUUUAAGGGCGACAAAAGAGGAGCUGCCCUGAGGAUUGUCAUGCACUGCUGGUUUAUUCAGUAAGAGUUGCAUGUUGGUGUACAAUAUUCUCCUUGAAGGUCUGGCAUAAUGACUUAAUGAUUAAACCAAAAAAAAAAAAAAAAAAAAAAAAAUCCCCCUUGUAUAUUAUUUUCAGGAACACCUCAUUAUAAAUGAAAUAUUUGAAGUAUCAUUUUUCCACUUCUAUUCAUGCCUUUGUUCUUUUGUUUUGCGUAUUAAUUUUUGCUAGUGGUAACGGAUCUUUAAAGAAGGGCAUGUGCAUUAUUCACAAGAAUGAUGGGAAACACUUGUCUUAUGGCUUUUCGCUGCUUAUAAUCUUUGGCAAGCACUUCUCUGGUAAGAUUUGCCACUUCUAAUCCUUGUUAGGGAGAUUUUGUAUUCCUUUGUUAUUAUAGCUUCUGUAAUAGAUGUAUAUACUGGUUGUGACGUUGUAAUGUUAUCGACCUGAGAUGCCUUUUGGCUUUUUGUUUGUGCAAGUGAUGCCAACAUCAGUUGCCCCUCACACUAGACAGGGUCCAUUAAUCUCUUCUUCUAAGGGAAGGUUUCUUUGUUUUUAUCUUACAUUUUUCUUCAGUUUCACAUUCUGAAAUUGAUUUCUCUGAAAACUAAUCUACUCUCAAUCCUGUAGUUCUUUAAAUGGGCUUCUAUUGGAAGUCUCAGAUGAUGAUGGAAGGUGAUCAUGUUGGUAUAAAAGAGUAAAUGACCCACGAAGUUGUUGGGGGUGGAGGUGGAAAUGUAAAAAAAGCUAAAAUGAUUAGUCGCUGUUUCUUUUCUCUUUUCCUUUUAUUAUUCUUUUUGUUUUUUUUGGGGUUAUAUUAUUAUAUAGCAAAAUCGUUUCAGGUUACAUUAAAACGUUUAUGACACUGAGUAAAUGUGCUCGAUGGUUUUUUAUCCGAAAUCGAUGAGAUAUUGGCCCUUAUC